AUGGCGUUCAAGUACCAGCUCAUCCUCUGGGCCGCCCUGGUCAUCGUACUCGCCGCGGCCUCAGCCAGCGUCCAGCAGGCAUGCAUUCCAGGGCAGCAGAUCACAUACGACUCGCUUCAUGCCUGCAGCGACUACGUGGUCAGACAAACAUGUGGCUUUGAACCCUACUACGUCUCCGUCGAGACGAUGAAGAAGCGGUGUUGCGAGCAACUGUCGGGCGUCUCGUCGUACUGCCGGUGCGAGGUGGUGCGCAUCCUCAUGGAGGGGAUAGUAAAUAAGCGGGGUGAGGUCGUGGGCAGCCUCCUCCAGGAUUGGCCUAGAUGCAAGAGCUUGACGAGGGAGUACAUUGCGGGCAUCGUCGGACGGGGGGAGUGCAACUUAGAGACCAUCUUGGGCCGCCCGGAAUGCCCUACUGCCUAUCUUGGAGCGGUCGUGUAA